CCCUGGGUGGAGGAGCUGGGCUGUCUCUCCAUCUCCACUGUGUCUCUGGAGUCUUCUGUGUGUCUGCACAGCGGCCUCUCAGACUCUGUCUUCAUCUCUCUCUUACUGUGUUUUCUGGCAUCCCUCCAUGUCUCAGCUCCUGUCUCUCGGGAUCUCACAGUAUCUCUGUGCCAUCUCCACUCUGACCCCACACCCCCACCCCACGCCAGCGCCUGUCAGGCCACCCCAUGCCACACUGCCGGCCUCUGGGUCCCUGAGACCCUUUAACCUGUGAGGACAUCCAGGGUCACAGGUGAGGUUCUUGGGAGCCUGGCGUCCGGACCAACCACAAGCCUGGGGAUUGCCCACCUGACCCCUGACCGUUCACACCCUUUCUCCUGGAAAACCCAGAGCUUGACGUUUGGCCAGCCACAGAAAUCCGACCUCUGACCCUAGACCAUGUGCCCCUCCCCCCCACCAUGGUGACCUCACAAAGGUCGCCAGCUUCUCCCCGGGCCUAGACCCUCCGCUAUGGCCCUGCUGGCCCAAGACAGCGCUGUCCCGUGUGCCCUGGUGGCCCUCACGGUCUUCAGGGCCCCCGCCUGGGCCUGUCUGAUCUGCUUCACAUCCUAUAAGGAACGCACCCGCAUCUGCCAGAUCUUUGCUGGUAUACAGGGCCCCGAGCUGGAGAAGUGUCAGGAGGCAUUCAGCAGCGCCUUUGCGGACCUCGCCGACAUUGAAAUCAGUGAGGAGACCUGCCACUCUCCUCCGGGGUCCUGGGACUAUGAUGAGAGAAGCCAUCUGCAUGACGCCUUCACCCAGAUGACCCACUCUCUCCAGGAGAUAGCUGCCGCCCAGGGCUCCUUUAACGUUGCUUUCCCUGAUGCUGCCGAGAAAAUGCGGAAGGUCAUUAUGAAGCUUAAAGGAGCCCAGGCCUGCGUCCCUCCCUGCGGGUUCCAGGAUGUCGCCCGGCGUUUCCUCUGCUACGGGUGCUACUCCAAGGCCUGCAACUUCCCGCUGGACUGCCCAGGUGAGAGGCGGGGCCUGGAAGGAGAAGAAACGGACUUGACGGUGACUCGGGGUCAGCAGGCUAAGUUCUCCUGCACUGUGAACUUCCAACUGCCUAAGGAGGAAAUCACCUAUUCCUGGAAGUUCGCAGGAGGAGGUCUCCGGACGCAGGACCAGUCCUACUUCCGAGACAUCCCGCGGGCCCAAGGAUACCUGGCGCGGAUCCGGCCGGUGCAGCCCACGCACAGCGGGACCUUCUCUUGCUCCAUCCUGCACGACCAGCGCCCAGUGGCGCGGCUCUACUUUUUUCUUAACGUGACCAGUGCGCCCCCGCGUGGGGAGAUCGAGCUCCAGGUCUCCUUUCGGAAAGUGCUGCGCUGGGCGCCGAAGGAGACGGAGACGUUGGAACCAUGGAGGCCAAGCCUGGGCGAGCUGCUGGCCAGGCCCGAGGCUCUGACGCCGGGCAACCAGUGCCUGCUCGCGGCCCUCGCAGCCGUAGCAUCAGCCAGUGCGACCCUUAUGGUGUGGGUAUUCUUUCGAUGGUACUUCAAGGGCAACUAAUAAAGGUAUCUUUUUCUUA